GAAUGGAAUAAGUCAACCGAUAGAUGGCGCAGUGUCGAGAAGGCUAUAUAAAUGCGUUAUACCCUGUCCGUACGCAGUUGCGGUAUUCUCAGUACGAUAUGGCCUGUAAAUUGUCAGAUGACAAGGUGAUAACUAGUAAAAUGGGAAAGAUGGGGUCCAUGUCGAUUUCCUCCGAGAAGCAGGGGCAACUAGGAGACUUGACCAAGAAGACUCUGCAGGAACUCCGUGAGCUGCUGGACAGACAGGACAAGCUGCUGAAGAAAGAGAAAUUUCUUCAAACAUUACCAGAUAAGGGGGUCAAAGUGAAAACCUUUGCCCAAACCUUGAGGACACUGAUUGCCCAGAGAGAGGAAAUAGAACGGGCAGCUGCAACUCUAGAGGGUGUGACAAUAUCAGGUCAUGGAGACAAACAGACUUCCAACAGGCAUAGAGACAAGAAAGUCGCAGCUAUUGAGACAAAUCAAGAGAGGAAAGUGCAGCAAGAGGGAGACAACUCCAAAAAUGAAGCUGACGUGUGUGAAGCUUCUGUCACAAGAAAUGACACUGAACUAAGGGGAGAUAAGUCCACUGCUAUGGAUGUGAGUGACAGACUGAGUGAGGUUUUGGAGCGGGUGACUAUAUCUACUGAUCAUCGUGUAUCUGUGGGAGAGGAUGCGUACAUCAACAGUUACGAACGUGUUAUCAAAAAGGCGAAUGAACAAACACCACUAAAGAAAGCAUUCAAACCAAACAGCACUUUAAAAAUAUCAAAGGUGGAAGACCUACCAGAAGUAUAUAAGUUCAGAUCAAAACAGGACAGGUUGAAGGUCAGUCAAAGCUCAGGAGUGUCAGUUGGAUCUGAGAGGAAGGCAGAGAGUUCAGUGGACUCUUUAAAGUCCAGGCCCAAGGACGAGUCCGCGGUGGUACUGCCGGACUACAAGCAUGACAAGAGUGUGCUGAUAUCUGUGGAGGAGUCACUGCAGCUCGUCUCACAGCAGAGGAAGCAGCAUGGGGAGCUGAUGAUGAGACAGGCGACGGAGAGGCUGGCGGGCCGCCUCCACAUCCGGCUGGACGACUACAACCCAGAGGGAACCAACAUGGAUUACCGUGUGCCAGCCUCUGACACAGACAGUGAUGAUGAACCGGAAAUGGGUGGUUACAAUGACGAUUGAUCGACAUGGACCUAAACAUGGUCUGAAAGAUACCUGGACUGAAAGAUACCUGGACUGAAAGAUACCUGGACUGAAAGAUACCUGGACAAGGUCCUCUUCACUCUACUGUGACGAGGCAUGUGAUUGACAAUGUGGUGUCUGAUUUAUGUAUCUUGCUCUGAAACGACAUGUUUGACUUGGGUUUGGACGACACGAGACAAAUAAAGGUGAGCGUAUCCUGACCCAGGACAUCACAGCUUGAUUGUUACAAGUGCUACUCUAAAUAUGCUACUGUACUAUUUCUUGAAAAUAAAUACAGCAGAGUGUUGUUGUGUUGUU